CGUUUGUGGAAGACCCGGCUCCAGCUUCAUCGCUCCUCCUGAUUGAGGAUCUUCCGGCAGCGCCUGUAUCGGCUGCCACUGUGGCCUCCGCAUCUGCCCAGGAUCGCACCAUCAGCCGUGUGCUCAACUGGGUGUGGAGGGAGUGGCCACAAGGGCCUUUUGCAUCGGAGUUCCAGCCCUUCGCAACCAGACAACAUGAACUCUCGGCUCAUCGCGGCUGUCUGCUGUGGGGAGACCGCGUCGUGAUUCCCCAAAGACUCCGUCAACGCGUCCUGGAGGCUCUGCACGUUGGCCACCCGGGAAUUGUCAAAAUGAAGGCGUUGGCUCGGUGUUACGUCUGGUGGCCUAACAUGGACGAUGCCAUCACUGCCUGGGUGUCCGCCUGUCAAGCGUGCCAAGAAUCGAGGCCUGCACCACCGGCAGCUAAGGGACACACCUGGGAGACGCCAAAGACACCCUGGUCGAGGGUGCACAUCGAUCUGGCCGGCCCCUUUCACGGCCGGACCUUUAUGGUAGUGGUGGACGCCUAUUCCAAAUGGCUGGAGGUGGCCCUGAUGCCCUCCACCACUACCGAGGCCGUCAUCCGGGUGCUGCGAGGCCUGUUUGCGACGCAUGGGUGUCCUGAUGUCCUUGUCUCCGACAACGGACCGCAGUUCACGUCAGGCACUUUUGAGCGGUAUCUUUUGGGACUGGGCAUCCGCCAUGCCCUAACGGCACCAUUUCAUCCAUCCAGCAACGGGCAAGCGGAGAGAAUGGUGCGCUCGGCAAAAGAGGCACUGGCGCGCCUGGACCGGGGAGACUGGCACGAGCGGGUCGCCGAAUACUUGUUCGUGCAACACAUCACCCCUCAUGCGGCCACAGGGCGGAGUCCUGCUGAACUGCUUAUGGGCCGCCGCCUCAGGUCACCGCUCGACCGGCUGCACCCGGACUUUGCCGUGGCUGAACCCCCAGGCUGUGCCAACACACCACGGUCAUUUGUUCCAGGAAACCAGGUCUUUGCCCGGAACUAUGUGGGGGACAUUCCUUGGGUGCCAGCCACAGUAGUGGGAGUCACUGGACCUCGCUCGUACCAGGUGGCACUCGAAGACGGACGCUUGUGGCGCCGGCACAUAGACCAGCUUAGGCGCAGGGUUGGGGACUUGGACACUACCGUGGUGCCCCCAACUGCGCUCGUGGCUCCAGAAGAGACACUUACAGAUGGCGAGGCUCCACCUACACCUCCCUCGCAAACUGCCAGCGUGGAGCCGAACCAAGCCGCUUCAGAGGGUCUGCCAGACUUACCACAGACUCAGACCACUCCACUUGCGGAGGCUCCACCCACAGCAGCGGAUCCAGGGGAUUUGGUUUCAACGCCACCUAGGGUCGCACCACAGCCUCAGCAAGAAUUGGGUGGCCCCCCGGACUUGGCUACCAGUCCCCGGCGGUCUGGCAGAGUUUCCAAGCGCCCAACUUAUUUAAAGGACUAUGUUGUUGGACAUGUAUCACUGUUGGUCUAAGUAUGGGAAAUGUAACCGAUAUGCUUUUGUGCCUAAUUGAACCAUUACGUGUAGUGCUGUAUAUAAGGAAACCAUUACGAUUGUAACUAACGCCUUAUCUCGGUGGGGAGGGGUGUUAUGUACUGAAGUUCUCACCCUGGGCCAGCAGGGGGAUACUGUAGAUAGUUUUCACUCAGGUCCACGUCAGUUAUUUUAGGCGGGAAACCCUGGGUUGUUGUUGCUACAUUGUGGACAGCGGGCUGCCUAUAAAAGCAGGCCGGCUGAGCUGUUUGCUGUUCAGUUCUGUUCCAGCUUACAAAAUAAAGAGCUGCUUUGGAUAAAUCGCUGUGUCGUCUGCCAUGUCUACCCACUAUUCAACAGGAAGCCCCACAUAUUUUAGAAAGAAAUGAAACACUAUAAACUAGAUGAUAUAAGAGCAGCCUUCAGUUCUUUCCCCCUCUCUCCCUUUUUCUGUGCAGGGCCUUGAUCCGUCCCCGUGAAGGAUCUGCUGGAGAUUUUCCAUCUGCUUGGAGACAUCCUUCUCCUCUUCUCCAGCUGCCUUGUUAUUCAAAGCAAAGUAGCAAUCCCCACAAUCCUUAACCAGUUUCAGAAGUGCCUCAUUUUUGGACUUCUCCACAUAUUCCUCCAAGGAUUCACCUUUUUAAAUCCUCUUUGUGGGUGAACAAGACAAGCAUGCGCUUCCCAAACUUCUUCCUAAACACCUUCUUGACCAUUUUAGCAAUUUCCUCGUCUUCCGGAGUGAAACGGCCCACAGUGAUCACCAAGACCAAAACGUAAGGACUGGACUUGCAGAGUUUGUUGAUCUCUCUCUGUUUGAGUAUUUUGAACUAGAGACAGCGGGCGGGUCAAUCACAGAAAACCUCUGGCCCUUAAAUUCCCCACUCUCCUUCUCGACUUUCUGAGUUGUUGGCUUAGCUGAAAAAGCCGAGUGAAAUUUUUCCCGUCCGAGGAGGGUGUUCCCUGUGGCACUUUUCCCAACACUGGUUAGGUAGCCACCUGUCAUGGAUGAUUUAGAUGAGAGUCCUGCAUAGCAGGGGGUUGGACUAGAUCAGAGGGUUCCCAAGCUUAUUUGGCCUAGUGCCCCCUUUUCAGAAAAAAAAAUACUCAGUGCCCCCUGGAAAUCUACCUUCAUUAAGUGCAGAAACAGAAUGAUGCUGUGACAAUUUUGCAUUCUUUUUAUGUAUCUAUUUCAAGCUACGUCCUAAGCAGAUAAUCGCUCCGACUUUAACUCUACGUUACAUUGAUAAGCAUCAUUAUACAACAAAUGAAACAUGUACAAAUGGUUUUUCAAAAUUUUAUUCUCUUCUCAUCUUUCUUCAUGCUUUAUUAUUUAGACUACACUAACAGGGAGAAGAUGCUUGAUCUGAGAGCUGCUGCCAUUCAAUGGAUGGAGCUGUAAGAACAUAAGAAUGGGGGACAAACUGGCUUGCCAGUAUAGUACAUGUGAGAAGAAUCUAGGGGGUCUUGGUGGACUCCAAGCUUAACGCGACUCAAUAGUGAGAUGCAGCAGCAAAAAGAGGUUGGGUGGCCGUCUGUUAUGGAUCCUUUAGUUGAGAUUCCUGCCUUGAAUAGGGUUGGACCAGCUGACCCUCAGGGUCCCUUCUAACUCUGCGAUUCAACGAUUCUAUGAUUCUGUGAGCAGGAUGAGAUGUUGCCCAGCUGGAGGGAGCAUCUCUGAGCAGGUGCAGAGUGCAAACGGCCUUCUCUAGCUGCAGCAAAGCCAGACACAGACCUAGAAUUCAGAGGAAGCACCUUCCUGCGCAUGACGGCAGGGUUCCCAGCUGGGUUUGUACCCCCAGAGAUAAAGCUACUGGUCUUUGAGGGUGUCGGUGAGACUGUGUUGUUGUUGCUGCUUCCUCCUUCCACCCCUCUCCCCUUCUCCUCAGCCCCCUUUUCCUGAGUCAUGCGCCCCAGUGCCCACCCCCACUGCAACCAUCUCAUUUGUAGAGGCCCACACUUUAAUAAAUGAAAUCGUCAGGAAAAGCAAAUGUUGAAAGCACAUUUGCGUAGCUUGGCUUAUUUGGCAUCCAUCCAUUUCUGGGAGUUGCAAGGAAGGGCCAGGAAUGCUGAAGGACCCUGGGCAAUCCUGCUCAGCCCCUUUCCCCUCACCCUCCUUAGCCCAUGGCCUUCUUUUGAGACGUCACCAAGCCUUGACUAAACCCUCCCAGUUCUAUAUCUGCAGCCUUAAAGGCUGGCCACUUGGCAAGCCGAGACGGAAUCAGAAUCGUGGAGUUGGAAGAGACCCCCAGGAAUCUCAGCUCAAGCAUCCCUGACAGAUGGCCAUCCAACCUCUGCUUCAAAACCCCCCAGGAAGCAGAGUCCACCACCUCCCUAAGAAGUCCAUUCCAUGAUUCAAUGGCUCUUCUGAUGUUGAGAUGGAAUCUUCUUCCUGGUCAUUUGAAUCCAUUGGUUCAGGUCCUACCAAGGUGUGUGUGUGUGUGUGUGUGUGUGUGUGUGUGUGUGUGCCUGUAAUGAUGCUGCCAUCCCACAAGCUCCCACAAAACCUUGCCUUUCAUCCUCCUCCUCCCUGCCUAAGCUGGGAGCUCCCGAAUGGCUGGUUUGUGUGAAUCUGCCCUCAAAGCCCACACACCAUUUUGAGCCCUUCAUUGGAGGCAUUGAGUGUGUGUGUGUGUCUGGGAAUGAGGGUUGUCCUUGGGUGGAACGGACUCCCUUGGAAAGUGGUGAACUCUCUCUCUCGUUGGAGGUUUUGAAGCAGAGCUUGGAGGGCCAUCUGCUUGAGCUGAGAUUCCUGCAUUGCAGAAGGUUGGGCAGGUCCCUUCCAACUCCACAACACUACGGUUCUGUGAUUCCAGGCCACCCACCAGGGCCUCUAAGCCCCACUGCCCCACUGCCUUUUUGCUGCCAUCCUCCAAAGAGGAGAGGGCAGGCCUGCCAGGCACCUGGUGGGUCUCCCCUGUCUGUUCUCUUGUUGAAUGAUUGGGCACACCUGGGCGUUCUGUGCAUGUGUGAGUCCACCCAGAGGACUGUAGUCAAUCAAGCUCUCUAAGAGGAGACCUGUUGAGCCAGAGCGAGCCACGCCUAUGGGCAUCAAUGGGCAGACCCUUUGCACGGGCUCCCGCCCAGAGUCGCUGUGCGCCAGCCGAACCCUCGGUCAUCCACUCUCCUGUUUCUGUUUGAUCUGCACUCCCUGCUGGAUUGUAAAAGGGUCUGAACAGCCAGACGCCCAGCUUGGAGUCCCUACGGCAGCUGGAGGUCACGCCCAGCAGCGAGUCCACCUGCGAGACCCUCUCUCAAUUCGGCAGCACCGACUCCAGGGUAAAAAGCAAGCACACACCCCUUCCCCACACCCUGACCCCACCCUGCAGGUCUCCUGCUCUCCGCCUGUCACCCUUCUCCACGCCAACCCUCAUGUUUUCCCCCUCCCUCCCUUGCACCACCUUCCCCAUUGCCUGUGAGAAACCCACCCUGCAGUGUUGCCCACAAAUGCACAGCAACCCCUGUAUGUGUGGGAGCAAAGGGUUUUUGCUGGCAGUGGGGUCACCACGCAGCCCUUGGAAGCCAAAGGAGCCCAGAGGGAGAGAUGGUUGGAUGUGCUGGAAGUGAGCUUAGGAGGACCGAAGGGCAGCUGUUAUCAGGGCAUGCAUGCGUUCUGAGUGGCACACAGCUCUUCGACAGACACACACUAUAGAAGCUGGAAAUAGAGAAGGCUGCAGCCCCUCUUCACAUGCUCUCAUGGGAUGCAUAUAGAAAUAAAGAGAUAAUAUAUUUGUUAGAUAUUAUCCUUCCUUACUCACAUUUGUGAGUUCAGCAGAGUACAUCCCCUUUGCUGAAAAUAAUAAUAAGAAGAAAGCUGUUGAUAAACUAGUGUUAGCCCUUUAAUUUAAGCAAUCCAGGAUGGUUUAUCACAGAUUGGAUUUCCUGGUAUUCCCCUCCCCCCCUUAAAACAAUAAACACACAGUAUUCUUAUUAGUAAAGAUAGAUUUAGGUACUCACCCGGUUUCACAGCAGCAGUCCUGCACCAGGCUUAAAAGGUCGUUACAGACAUAUAUGGUAGUUUAGAUUAAAGUGGAGUUUGAGCUGUUUCUCAUACUCAGCGCAUGUCCUACAUCCCUAGUCAUUGAAGAGAAGAGAUGAGAGAGAUUGGAGAUUAGGAAUCAGAGAAGGAGCAGGCCAGGGAUGUGACCAGCUUAUAUAGGCUGCUCACCUUUACCUGGCUAGAGACAGUGGGAGUGGCUUUCCCAGGGAGGAUUUCCUGUAGAGAUCCAACUUCCCCUGUGUUUGCCUUUCUAGCAAACACACCUUGUUGGUUUGACUGCCUUGUAGACAUCCCACCUGCUCUGUUGUGGGAUGUCUCCGGCGUUACCUCGAAAGCAAUUGGGUCCCAUUAGUUUCAGCGCCCUGGUUCAAGCCACCAUCCUUGGAGGAAGGAUUUUGGGCUUGAGCCAUGAUGCGACAGCAUUGAGGGCCCCCCUGUCCUGUAGAGAAGACGGAGAACCUUUAAGCAGUGACUACCCCUCCAAAGCAAUGACCCCAGCUCCCUGGGCUGCUCCCUCCCUUUCUCUUUCCCCAGGAGGAAGAGGUUGUCCGCGAGAGCCGCUUCUACUUCCGGGGCUACGGCCUGGGCCACUGCCUGCAGCACAUGAAGGACGGUGGGGCAAUGGAAAGUCUUGACAUCUACAGGCCACCCCCUCCCACCUCGCUCCUGAGGGAGGACGAGAUGCUCCGGAGGCGCUACCUGGACAGGGCCAAGCGCAUCGACACCAUCUCUCGGGCGGUCUUCCCCUUCACCUUCCUGGUCUUCAACAUCUUCUACUGGGUGGUCUACAAAGUGCUUCGCUCAGAGGACGUCCACCAUGCCACGCCCUGA